AUGAGCUGGAUGUUGGAGAGUAUCAAAUGCCCCGGAUUAAGCAAAGAAGACUUCCUGGAGGAGGAGGACAGUUUGCAUGUCGCCUCUUCGUCUUGCCCUCUCCUGUUCCACACGAUGCUGUCCCUGCUGCUCCUGCCACUUCUGCUCCCGGUGAACUUGGCCUUCAAGGACCAAGGGAGAGGUUCAGCCUGGGAUUUGGUGGGCAUCGUGGGAGGUCGUGAUGCCAAGCCAGGUCAGUGGCCGUGGCAGGUGAGCCUGAGGUUCUCCGGGUACCACUCAUGCGGUGGCUCCAUCAUCCACCCGCGCUGGGUCCUGACCGCCGCUCACUGCUUCCAUUCCUCUAAGAACCCUGCCUUUUAUGGGAUUGAGGCAGGGGUGCUUAGGCUCUACACUGCACGAGAGAUCAUUCCUGUGAAAAGGAUCCUAAUCCAUCCCAAGUAUACCGCAAAGGCGCAUUGGGGUGCAGACAUCGCACUGGUGGAACUGGGCAUCCCUCUGCUAUUCUCUGACAGCUUUAAAAAUGUCGACCUUCAGGCACCCAAGGACGAGGUCCAGCCGGGCACUAAGUGCUGGGUGACAGCUCUUCUCUCCCCAGAAGCCCUCCAGCGUCCCUAUACCCUGCAGGAAGUAGAAGUGCCCAUAGUUGAUAGACGGACCUGCAAAAAGAACUACAGGUUGAUAAAGAUCUCCAUCCUGAAUGACAUGAUUUGUGCUGGCUAUGACAAGGGACAGAAGGAUUCUUGUCAGGGCGACUCUGGGGGUCCCCUGGUCUGCCAGAUAAACAACUCAUGGACCCAGGUUGGAGUGGUCAGCUGGGGGAAUGGCUGUGCUCGGCCCCAUUUCCCAGGAAUUUAUUCCAAGGUCUCCAGCUACGCAAAGUGGAUCUACAAACAAAUCUACUGA